AUGCGCUUCCCGCGCAGGACAUACGCGAGGCGAUGGCGUCCUACGGGACGGACAAGCCGGACCUGCGCUUCGACCUCGACAUGUCUGAUCUGUCGGACAUUGCGGCGCAGACCGACUUUCGCGUCUUCACUUCGACCGUGGAGGGCGGCGGUAUCGUCAAGGGCUUCCGAGCGCCGGGCUGCGCCUCGUACUCGCGGCGGCAGACAGACGCGCUCAUCGACUUCGCCAAGGCGAUACGACCAACCUGUGGGCCUGGUAACUAUAGCUCUCACGGGCGAGGGCGCGCUGACGGGCGAGGGCGACAUAGACGACCUGACUGAGGACGGGAUUCGCUCGGCGGCUGCGCGCUUCCUGACCGUGGAGCAGGUGAAGGCCAUCGCGCACAGGGUCGAAGGCGAGAUGGGCGACAUGAUCCUCAUCGUGGCCGGUCCCGCGAAGACCACCAACCAAGCACUGAGCGCGCUGCGCAACGAGAUUGGCGCGCGUCUUGAGCUUGCAGACCCGAACCUUAUCGCAUUUGCCUUUGUAACCGACUUCCCGCUGUUCGAGUGGAACGAGGACGCAGAACGCUGGGACGCGAUGCACCACGCAUUCUCCAUGCCGAAGGACGGGCAUGAGGCAUACCUGGAGAGUGACCCGGGCAAGGUCAUUGGGCGGCUGUACGACCUCGUUGCCAACGGGGCGGAGCUGGCGAGCGGCAGCAUCCGAAUUCACAAGCGCGAACUGCAGGAGCGUGUUUUCGGAGUCCUGGGAUACACGAAGGAGGAGGUGGCGGAGCGUUUCGAUCAGCUUCUCACCGCAUUCGAGUAUGGCACACCACCUCACGGCGGCAUAGCGCCGGGCAUUGACAGGCUGUUGAUGGUGCUGACGGGACGGGACAAUAUCCGAGAUGUCAUCGCAUUCCCGAAGACGCAGAGCGGUUUCGAUCCGCUGUUUGAAGCGCCCAAUGUUGUGGAACAGAAGCAUCUCGAUGAGCUGCACAUCAGCAUAAAUGUUGAGGAAGUAUAG